AUGGGUGUGACAAAAGACCCAUCAGCUGCUAUGCACACGCCACCUUCAGCGUCUGCUAGCGGCCAGGGAAGGAACCUUCAGUGGGCUACACCCCUGUCCCAGCUGCCCCAUGCACAGCUAAAGCUAAACGGCACCCCUACCUCAUCCAUCAAAUCAGUGGCUCUUUCAUCAUCAGUACCCGCCCUCGCGGUCGCGAGCCCGCAAACACCAGGUACUGGCAGACAUCGUCAGAAUCUCCCGACGCCAUUACUAUCACCAGCGCAUGCGAACCCAUCGCCUCAGAAGGCGCCUGGCGCAGACGAGUACAUUUCUCGGCUGUUGCGUCUGGCGCGUGAUCCUCCGAAUCGUGCGCAGCGCGCAAACUCUAGCUCCGCCAUGGCCGAUUUUCUCGCGAGCUUGGGGUUUGGAGGCGCGCAGUCGCCAGCCGCGUCGAAUAAUCCGCAAUGCGAUUCGGUCGAACAGCUUCAGCAUAAGUUGCAAGGUAUUCUGGACGCCAAGGCGACACUGACACGAGCCGAACAUGUUGCGAUUACCAUCGAAUUGAGAGCUACGGUCCGAUUUCAGUUGCCUGUGUCAGAGUCGGAAAAUGGAAAUCAAGAGAACCUGAACAGUCUUGAUCAGUUGCAAUCAGCAGGUGCGGACGGUCAACAGGAUGCGGGGCAACUAUCUCGUGUUGUUUUUGCCAACGAUACGCUCAUGAACCAACCUCAGGAUGAUCCGUCACUUCAAAGAUCAGUCGCCAAACAUAUUAUUUCAACAAUCAGCUCGACAGAUGGAAGUACUUGGACAGUUCGAGAAGUUUCUAGAGGAACGCAAGGGUGGACAUUUACGUAUCUGUGCAAGGAUUCGUUCCAGUGUUGGAACCGACAACACGCGAAGAACCCAGUACAGACAAUUGUAGGUGAGUUCAGCCAGAGAGAGCCAGACCCAGUUCUGCACGCCCGACCUGCUUUCGACUGCCGAGGAUCCAUCGUCAUUGCCUUCGACCGCAGCAGUCGUGCUAUCACGAUCAAAUACGAUCAUACUCCUCUGCAUAAAACAGUAGCCGAACUUGCCGCACACUUCAAACCGCCGCCUCGCCAGCUAGGACCGGGUGCACAGAAAAUCCAGGAACAGCAGCAAAAGGCCAAAGAAAAGACGCCUAAGAAGCCCAGAGGCGAGAAGAAGGACAAGAAAGAGCGAAAGAAGCGAGAGUCAACGACCAAGGCGCAGGACGAAAAUGGAAACCCCCGCAAACGAAAGAGGAAGAGCAAUGCCGCUCAGCCUGCCAAAGCAACUGAUGGACCCAUGAUUCCUCCAGACUAUCCUGGAGCGCCAGCAGUUAAUGGCCAAGCAGAUAUGCCGUAUAUGAACGGCGUACAAGCGCUGGCCGAUGCUGCACAGCAAGGCUUCAACGACUACCCUCAGGGGCUGAUGGGGGAUGGGUCAGGAGCUACAAAUGGAACUGUAUCUCAACAAUCGGGCGGUCAGCCUGGCUCAGUAACAUUCCCGGUCAAUGUCUCAGCAGCUGAGGCAAACCGCCGAAAAGAGGCAGCGACAUCAAUGCUUUCCAAUGCCGGGGUCGACCCCACGACUUUGUCGCCCGAACAGUUCGGGAUAUUCUCUAACCAAGCACCGGAAUUGCAGCGAGAGUCGUUGAGUAUGUUGGUCAAGUACGGCGCAGAACGUCUCCGAAUUGUCCAUCCCAGUAACAGGGAGGGCUCAGCCCAGGCAAGCGCUUCUACUGCACAGAGCACCCCAAGUUCGAAUGGGCCCAGGACCACCAAAGAACUCGUGCCGCAGCCUAGCGCUCAGAGCAAUGUUAACACAGAUACUGAGGCACAAACUGCGUCUCAGACCGCAGACGAGGCCUCAACACCCAAGCGCAAGGCAAGGACGUUGGGCAAGUCGAGAACAGCUUGCUUCCCCUGCAAAGCACGCAAGACUAAGUGUCCGAAAGAGAGACCUACUUGCGCUGAAUGCGCAAACCAUGGGACUGCAUGUGAAUAUGCACCCCAGAAGUCACGAAACAGAGGGAAGACGCCCAAGAAGUCAGAGGCGAUUGUUGUUGACGACGAUGAGGAAGAAGAGGAGGACGAGGAGGAAGAGCAAGUAGAGGAAGAGGAACAGGAAGAUGCUGAAGACGCCGAGGACGCUGAGCAUGCCGAAGAAGAAGGCGAUCAGGAUGACGAUCAGCAGACCAAUUCCCAAGAUUACUCGUACCCACAGAUGAACAUUGGAAACAUGGUCACUAACACCGACACGACACCCCAAAAUACCCAUGCCACACAAAACUACUAUCAGGCUGACCCCUAUUCCACCACCUCACAACCAUUAAGCACGGCACCAUCGCAGAGAAAUAACUAUUCUCAUGCGUUGCCUGAAGUAAUGCAACCAGUACACCACCCUCCACCCCCAAUCCCAGCCCCAGCUGGAACUAUAGCUCCGUCUGAGACAAGACGCUGGACGGCGUUUGGUAGCGGAGGUCUGAGUAGCGCAAGCGGUAGCAGUAAAGCGAGACGAAGUCUUCCAUCCGAGCCUCAGCACUCUAACGGGCAGAGUGUACCUACCGCAAACCCGCAGCCAUCAGACUGGGCACAAAGUACUAACACUACGAUGCCUGCCAUGCCGGCCACAACAAUGGCAUCCGUCUCACCGCAAAUGUCAUAUGACAAUCGAUCUGGCCACGGAGGCCGACAGAAGAACCAGAGUCUUUCGAAUGAUUCGGUUCAACAAGCAGCAGCAAUGGCCAGUACAGUUAUGCAGCAGCAGGCUCAAGCUCAGACACGUCAGUCACCAGUGGCUGCAGCUGCCAUGCAAACUUCACGAACCAACACCCACUAUGACACAUCACACAUGCCCAGCAGUUCCGGCUUAUAUGAUCAUGGGCGAUAUGGCGGUUCCAAUGCUGUCGCAAGUCAACAACAAGCUAUGUCAGUAGCUCAGGCAACGCCAAACACUAUGAGUACGUCUUAUCAGACCACACCUGCAACGACUGCGAACCAGUGGUCUGGUUCAUCAAGUCGAAAUGAUCGUUCAUACGGAACUAACUCGUCGUACCAAGCACCAAACAUGUACACCCAGUCACCAGCUGCCAAAGCAGCACCAGCUUCGCGCCAGAGCUUUAACAUGCGUUCAAGUGCGCAGCAACAGCAGCAUACUCGUGGCAGCAGUGGCUCUUACAGUCAGCAACAGCCACAACAGCAAGCCAAUUAUUCAUCUUACUCUGGAUCUACACAUCAGAACCAACCGAGUCAGACAUCCAACCAGCAGCAACAGCCACCAAGCUGGUACUUCCAGAACUCACACAACAACUCCAUACAUUCAGGGAGUCAAGCAUCUGGCUACAAUUAUGAGCCGUGGUCAGGCGUUUAA